UGUUAAUUUUUUUAUUGAGAUAAAAACAAAGAGUGAGAGAAAAGAUGAGAAAUUGAACUCCAAUUGCUUUCUGAGUUUGGCUUCAUAAAAAAUAUUGCCCAGAGGAAGUUGGCCAACUGUUAACUUCCCUCCAAACCUUGUGAUUCCCUUAGAAUCAAAGCAAAGCUAUGCAGUUUGAUUUUUGGUCACCCUCUGAAGCACAACCUCACCUUCCUGACAUACCCUUCACACCAAUCCUCCCCUUAUCUUUUCUCUCAUCUUUCUAUAUACAGUUCUUCAGCUCCAUCUCCUCUUCAUAUCUUAUCUCUUCUUAGUUCUUAAGCUUUUUCUGUGCAGUAUGUGGCUGCUGAAAGGUUUGCGUUAUUGGAGUCUUUUGUGAUAUUAUUCUGGUUAUGUUGCUAGGAGUUUAAGCUGGUGCAGACCCAGAAAAAGAUCUUCCAGUGAAGGUACUAGUUCCAUCCAUCAAAUUUUUCAAUUGGGGUGCCUCAAUUUCAAGUUCUUUGAUGUAAAGCUGUGUUUUUUGUGGACUUAAUUCUGAACAUAUAGGCAAAAGGGGUAACUUUUUUUCAUGUAUUAGGAAUUGGUAAAUUUGAUUUAAUUCAAAAGAGAACAUUUACAAUGAAUUCUCGGUGCUUCCUUCAUCCACAAGAGCAUAGCAUGGUUCCAUUUUCUUCAAAUUCUGCAACAGGAGAAGAUAGAGUGGCUAGUGCUCGAAACAGGCCUACACGUGCCACCCCACCUUCCUUUUUGGUUCGGAUGGCCAUGAGAAUAUCUAGAGCUAGAUGGUUUACAUUUUUAAGAAGAGUUUUUCAUUACCAAAAUGGAUCAAGGUCCAAUCUUGGCUCUAACCCUUUCAAUUCUAGCACUUGGAUGAUGUUGGAAUUUAUUGCCUUGGUUGUUCAGAUAAUCAUUACAACAUUAACUUUGUCAAGUUCCAAGAGGGAGAGACCAGUUUGGCCUAUGAGAAUAUGGAUAGCUGGUUAUGAUAUUGGUUGUAUUCUUAAUCUCUUGCUACUUUAUGGUCGCUACCAUCAAAAUUAUACCACUCAAGGAGAUGCUCUCAGCCUUUCUGAUAUGGAACAGCAGAGAAACAAUGAAGAAACCAGGAUGUCACACUUAAUGAAUAAAUGCCGGACUUCACUAGAGCUUUUCUUCGCCAUAUGGUUUGUGAUGGGAAAUGUUUGGAUUUUUGACUCACGUUUUGGAUCUUUUCAUCAAGCUCCAAGACUCCAUGUGCUAUGCAUCACUCUACUUGCUUGGAAUGCAAUUUGUUACUCUUUCCCUUUCCUACUGUUUCUGUUGUUAUGUUGCUGUGUGCCACUAAUUAGCAGCCUCCUCGGUUACAACAUGAACAUGGCCUCUUCUGAUAGAGGAGCUUCUGAAGAUCAAAUUUCAAAACUUCCAAGUUGGAGACAUAAAGAAGCUCGUACCAAGUUAGAGCUGGGCAAUGAUUCUGAUGGCAGCGAAAAAUUGAUCAAUGAAUAUCCUGAAUGCUGCAUUUGCUUAGCCAAGUACAAAGACAAAGAAGAAGUUAGACAAUUGCCCUGUUCCCAUAUGUUCCACCUAAAAUGUGUGGAUCAAUGGCUAAAAAUUACAUCCUGCUGCCCUCUUUGCAAACAAGGAUUAGAAAGGUAGAAAUAGCCGAGACAAAAGUUAAGAGGAUUGAUUAAUCUUAUUUGGUUAUAUCUAUACACUUGAUAAUACCCACAAUUUUUUUUCUCCUUUUUUUUUAAUAUACUUUGGUGUAAUAUACUUCACAUGGGUUAUUCGAGUGAGUUUGCACAUGUACAGAAUUGCUCACCAGUGACCAAAACUACAUUAAAUACUUGGUUUUAAGAAAUGUAUCCCAUAACCUUUCAAAUUAGUGGAUUGCUUGUAUGCAUGAUUUUUUCUUUUAUUGUCAUCUGAAUACUGAGAGAUAAAAAUCUCUUUAGGGAAAAUGUAAUUUUUGAAUAACUAAAUUUCCAAUCUCUAGUAUAAUGCAUACCUGCUACUUUUGGG